GGCGGGGCGGGGCGGGCUCGGCGCUUUCCCCGCGGUCCCGGCCCGGUUGUACCGGCCCCGCUCGGCCCCGGCCCGGCCAUGCUGGGCGCAGCAUGGCCCCAGCGGAGCAGGACGCGCUGGCCGCACGGGAGCAGCUCUUUCACGAGCGGGUCCGCGAGUGCAUCAUCUGCGCCCUGCUCUUCGCCAGCCUCUACAUCCUCUGCCACUUCAUCAUAACCCACUUCAAGAAGCACACGGACUUCACAGCAGUGCAUGAUGACGAGGAUGCUGCUGUCAACAGGAUUGCGCUGGGGCUGUGCACCUUCACCCUGGCCGUGGCGCUGGGUGCCGUCCUCCUGCUGCCCUUCUCCAUCAUCAGCAACGAGGUGCUGCUCUCCUUCCCCCAGAACUACUACAUCCAGUGGCUGAACGGGUCCCUCAUCCACGGCCUCUGGAACUUGGUCUUCCUCUUCUCCAAUCUGUCCCUCGUCUUCCUCAUGCCCUUCGCCUACUUCUUCACCGAGUCAGAGGGCUUUGCAGGAUCCAAGAAGGGCAUCAUGGCCAGGGUGUACGAGACAUCGGUGGUGCUGCUGCUGCUGACGCUGCUGGUGCUGGGCAUGGUCUGGGUGGCCUCCGCCAUCGUCGGCAACGACGCGGCCAGCCGCCAGUCGCUCUAUGACCUCUGGGAAUACUACCUGCCCUACCUCUACUCCUGCAUCUCGCUCUUCGGCGUGCUGCUGCUGCUGCGGCUGAGCCCCCAGUCCCUAUCCAGGACCCUUCUUGGGGUGCGGGGAGGGGUAGGAUGCUGGGACACCCCCUGCUCAGCCUCCCCUCCCGCUGCAGUGUGCACCCCCUUCGGCCUCUCCACCAUGUUCACCGUCACGGGGAAGCUGCUGGUGAAACCCCGGCUCCUGGAAGACCUGGACGAGCAGUUGAGCUGCACAAGGCUUGAGGAAGCCGCUGUGUCCCGCCGGAUCUCCUCUGGCAAAGCUUCCUGCUGGCUGAACUUGAACGUGGAGCUGCUACGGGAGCAGUUCUUCACCAUCCGGAGCAAGAGGCGGAAGCUGGAGCUGCGGCACCGAGCGUCGCCCUGGCAGAGGAACCUGGGCUACCCGCUGGCCAUGCUGGGCCUCCUGGCACUGACGGUGAGUGUCCCUCGGUCCCCAGGGGAACUGGGGCUCGUUCCCACGUCCCAGCCCAAGCUGCCCUCGCUCCCUCCCUGCUCCUCCCAGGGUAUCUCCGUGCUCAUCGUCUGCUUCCACGUCCUGGAGCUGCUGCUGGAUGAUGCUGCGAUGCCACGGGGCAUCCAGGAUGCGUCCCUGGGCCAGGUCUCCUUCUCCAUCUUUGGUUCCUUCGGAGCAGCCCUGCAGGUCGUCCUCAUCUUCUACCUGAUGGUCUCCUCUGUGGUGGGCUUCUACAGCUCCCCCCUCUUCACCCGGCUGCUCCCUGAGCGGCAGGAUACCCCCCUCACCAAGAUCAUCGGGAACUGCGUCUCUUUGCUGGUGCUCAGCUCGGCCCUGCCCGUCUUCUCCAGGACACUGGGGAUCACCCGUUUCGACCUCCUGGGGGACUUUGGCCGCUUCAACUGGCUGGGGAACUUCUACAUUGUCUUCCUCUACAACAUGGGCUUCGCAGGGCUCACCACCCUCUGCCUGGUGAAGAAGGUCUCCUGGGCCGUCCAGGCCGAGCUCAUCCGCGCCUUCGGUCUGCACAAGCUGCCGCUGCCCGUGACCCGCUCCCGGCCCCCUGGCAAGCCCGGCUAGGGGAUAGGGACGUGUGGCCCACAGGACGACCACGGUGGCCCCCAGGACGGCCACCAGCCACGGAUCAGACCCUGAUGGCACCUGGUGCUUCAGGGAUGUCGGAGCACCCCACCCAUGGGGGGGGCUUGCUACCCCCUGCUCUGUCUCAGCCUGUCGCGCUACAGAGCCUUGGCCUUGAGUCGUGUCCCCGUCACAGCCCCCCCCCGGGGCGGGGGCUUCCCCAGGGGCUGUGCUGGCUGCAGCCCCCCGCCUUGUUUACAUUCCUGUUUACGGACAGGCUCCCCCUCGCCCCCCCCCCGCCCCCGGUGCUGCUCCCUGGGGUGCAGUUGGGUUUUAAAUGUCCCCCCACCGCAGGGACUGUCAUGACACUAUGGGGGGGGCCCUUUGUCCCCUUGCCCAGUCACUCCACACCCUGUCCCCAUGUCACCCUGGGGCUGCUGGAGGACACUGGUUGCCCCCUGCUCCAAGGCCUUUGGUGUCCCCAAGGGAGGAACAGGGGCUGGAGGGUCCCAGGCCGCUGGGGAUGAGCCCUGGCUCCCUGGAAGCUUGGUGUGACGAGUCUGUCAGGUCUCUGUUACCAUGGAACUUGU